AUGAAGAGGAAAAAGGGUAUCAAAACAGACGACGAGCCCGUAUAUGUUAAAGCCUCCGCAUGUUCUGUUGGCUUUUCCGAGAGAAGGGAAGAUCUUCUGGGCCGCAAGGCUGGUGCCGGGAAACAAAAACAACGUUCACAUUCAACCAGCCAGCGUCGAGAAAACCCGGGUUGGAACCCAAUGCAAUGGGUCGACCCCUCUGGCGGUGGCACUGGGGGCGCCACUUGGGUCAAUGAAUAUGCAGACUGCAGUAGUACCAAGUACAACAGCGCCUCAAUCCGAAUGAACGAACUCUAG